AUGCCAGAUCUGCAGCGUUUCAGUUUUCCAUACCAUAGCAUGAAUCCUUUGUUGGGGGCCAACGCGCAUCUCCAACACCACCCGCAGCAGAGUCAAGCUCCCGGACACCCGGACUCUCCUUCAAGUCUCCUGUCCGACACCGACUUCGGUGGACCGGACCCGGACUCCUUUUUUCUGGGUGAUCAGUUCGGGCUGGGGCCUGAUCAGCCGGGGCCUGACUUCGCCGCACCCUCACAGACCUCCCUUUACCUCCCCCACAACCACUACCACCAUCGUGUUGUGUCGCACCCUCCCGCUGCCAUGGCUCUAAGAAACGACCUGGGAUCCAACAUCAGCGUCCUGAAAACGCUCAAUCUGAGGUUCAGAUGCUUUUUAGCAAAAGUGCACGAGUUAGAGCGUAGAAAUAAGAUUUUAGAGAAACAGCUGCAGCAGGCGCUGGAUGCCAACAAGGGAUGCCAAGGUGGAUGCUGUGAGAGCAGGGGCCUUACCCAGGAGGCAGGUGUGCAGACCGGAUUUGUCGGGACCAUACCUCUGAGGCCCGGCUCCCUCCCCUUCCACAACACCAACAACUCAGCCAGGAGGCCUACAACACUGUUCCCACCACCACCCACUACAUCCCUACAGCCCGCAGCCGCUGAAUACUCCAGCUUAACCCCAACAUAUGCCACUUGUAACCCAUCCAUCACCAUCAGCCAGGCCUCUCCCUGUGUGGACUCCCCUGGCUCUGGCUCUAAAACUUUCUCCAACACCAGCUCAGGUCCUGGGAGCUCCACCAACCCUCCUCCACGGUUUCUCCCGGGCACCAUCUGGUCCUACAACCACACACGCAAGUUUGGCCCCAGUGGGGACCGCCUGACCAGCCCAGGGGUCUCCUGGGUGCACCCUGACGGAGUCGGGGUUCAGAUUGACACCAUCACCCCCGAGAUAAGAGCCCUGUACAACGUCCUGGCCAAAGUGAAGAGGGAGAGAGACGAGUAUAAACGCAGAUGGGAAGAAGAAUACACCAUGAGAAUGGAUCUGCAACAGAAAAUUGCAGACCUACAAGAGGACCUGCAAGAGAGUGAAGGCUGUCAGGACGAGCUGGCUGUCAGAGUCCAGCAGCUGAAGGCGGAGCUGGUUCUCUUCAAAGGCCUCAUGAGCAAUAACUUGUCUGAGUUGGACAGUAAGAUCCAGGAGAAAGCAAUGAAGGUGGACAUGGACAUCUGCCGCAGGAUCGACAUCACCGCUCGUCUCUGUGACGUAGCUCAGCAGAGGAACUGUGAAGAUGUGAUCCAGAUGUACCAGGUUCCUAACACACAAUCCUCCCUAAACUUCCGCCGGAAACAAACUCCUCUGUCUUUCAACGGGAGCGAGUGUGACGAACCUGUCAGCACCUCCGAAAGUGAUGGGGGAGCGGUCAAAGAUGGAGAGCACUGUGGCUCAUCAGCCAAUCAGAUCAACGAGGAGAUGCAGAGGAUGCUGAACCAACUACGUGAAUGUGAGUUUGAGGAUGAUUGCGACAGUCUGGCCUGGGAGGAGACUGAAGAGACACUGCUUCUUUGGGAGGACUUCCCAGGAUGCACUUUGCCUCCUGACCCCACCCACCCACCAGGAGAGGAGGACUGUCUGGAAAAAGUGAUUAAUGACACAGAGUGUCUGUUCAUGUCCCGAGAGAAGGAAUACCAAGAGACAAUUGACCAGAUUGAGCUGGAACUGGCCACAGCAAAGAGUGACAUGAACCGACACCUCCACGAGUACAUGGAGAUGUGUUCAAUGAAGAGAGGCCUGGAUGUUCAGAUGGAGACUUGCAGGAGGCUCAUCACACAGAGUGGAGACAGUAACCCUGCGGCGCCUGCGUCCAAUGAGGACGGGGACCAGAGAGACCGGUCCUCAUCGUCGUCGCCUUCUCCCUCGAGGGCUAGAAGAUCUUGA